UUCUUCCUUUUUUUUCCCUGCCUCAAACUGGGGUUUUAGCAGGGUAUACUCAAUAGUGAUCAGAGAGACAGCUUUGCCGUUUUACUUGUCUGAGCAGGAUUUCUUUUAUGAAAUUACUUUUCAACCCCUUAAAUUCUUUCUUUUUCUUUAUCCAAUUUUUCUAAUUUGCUACUUGCUCCUUUCUCCUAACUCCCCCUCUUUUCCUUUCAUAUUCUGAACGAGAACAUCACUCUAACACUGGGCACCGCCGCUUGAUCUUCGAGUUUAACAAAUAAACCACUUUCGGUGACCAACACCGGCAGCGAAGCAGGGAUAGCGCCUCUCCCUUCACUGAUCCACGAUCUUCCUUCUCAUCCAACACGAACAUUUACUUUCAAGAUGGGAGAGCUGGUUACUGACAAGCACGUGAAAUAUAUAUUAUCAGUUGAAAAGAGGAAGGAUGAUUUUGAAUCUGUGGUGAUGGAGCAUCUAAGAAUGAACGGGGCAUACUGGGGUUUGACUGCUCUGGAUUUGAUGGGAAAGCUUGACGUUGUGGAUGUUAACGAGGUUGUUUCAUGGGUAAUGAGUUGUCAGCAUGAUUCAGGGGGAUUUGGCGGAAAUGUUGGACAUGACCCGCACAUCUUGUAUACACUGAGUGCAGUGCAGGUGUUGGCUCUCUUUGACAAGAUGGAUCUUAUUGAUGCAGAUAAGGUGACAAAUUAUAUUGUUGGCCUGCAAAAUGAAGAUGGAUCUUUUUCAGGAGAUAUGUGGGGUGAAGUUGAUACACGGUUCUCCUAUAUUGCUAUCUGUUGUCUUUCAAUAAUACAUCGCUUGGAUAAAAUCAAUGUGGAAAAGGCUGUGAAGUACAUUAUAAGUUGCAAAAAUAUGGAUGGUGGUUUUGGUUGCACACCGGGUGGGGAAUCUCAUGCUGGCCAAAUUUUCUGUUGUGUGGGAGCUCUCGCUCUUACGGGGUCGUUAGAUCUGGUUAACAAGGACUUACUUGGUUGGUGGUUAUGUGAGCGACAAGUUAAAUCUGGAGGUCUGAAUGGGCGUCCUGAGAAACUCCCUGAUGUCUGCUAUUCGUGGUGGGUUCUUUCUAGCCUCAUCAUGAUCGAUAGGGUUCACUGGAUCAGUAGAGAGAAACUUAUAAAAUUUAUCUUAGACUGUCAGGACAAGGAAAAAGGUGGAAUUUCAGACAGGCCAGAUGAUGCUGUGGAUGUCUUCCAUACCUACUUUGGGGUAGCUGGGCUUUCACUACUUGAAUAUCCUGGCCUAAAACCAAUAGAUCCAGCUUAUGCUUUACCUGUUGAUGUUGUAAAUCGGAUUUUCUUUAAAAAAUAAAGGACUUGGAAGUUCAACUACUGUUCAGUAACGAGAGUCUUCUUAAGACUCGCUUUUGGCAGUUGAUGUAGUGUUAUUUCCCCCUUACUUGAACAUCAUCAGAUUUGUGAUUACCCUUUAUAUCUCCUUUUGAUAACAUGUACGCAUCUUCUGAUAAAAUUACUGCAAAGUUUUGACAUUGCAAUAGAUUUUUAGAUCUUAAAUUAUUUCA